GAACUCCAUCACAAGCCCUUAGAAUCUCAUCAUGCUUACCGAAAUCGACCAACUCGAGGUCCAUGUGAUCGUUAAUGAUGAGCUGGACCCCAUCUCGCCGAGUCCCAACCCUGCCGUGCAGGUAGCCAGCCGCUUUAUGGGGAUCCCACUCAGCCCGCUGGACUCUGACACCGAACGAGGCGGCGCCGAAAUGGAAAUGCGCAUGGACAACAUCUGCUGCGCGGCACAUGGGAUAUCCUUGCUCAUUGCCACCAAGGGCGAUCAGAAGCACUAUUUCCUCUUCGACGCGGGGCCGGAAGGUGACGUCUGGGAGAGAAAUUCUAGUCGUCUUCGAGCCCAGAUUGGCCAGAUCGAGCAUGUAGCGCUUUCGCAUUAUCAUCGAGAUCACUCAGGCGGUCUCACCAGGGCGAUUGAACUGAUCAACAAGAACGUCGAUAAAGAAAAGGGUGUUGUGGUGGACGUUCACCCGGACCGUCCUGCUUAUCGAGGCGUGCAGGCCGAUCGCCCGAUUUCUCUCGAAGCGGACCCAUCUUUCGAUGAAUUGGAAGCUGCCGGAGCCAUCUUGCUAAAAAGUGACCAGCCGCAUACUGCAUUGGACGAUUUCUUUCUCGUCUCGGGGGAAAUGCCGCGCGAGACCACCUACGAAGAUGGCAUCUAUGGAGGGCUCCGGUUCAAUGACGCCACCAAGCAAUGGGAGGACGACACGCUGAUUAUGGAGGAACGCUAUUUCAUGUGCAAUCUCAAAGGCAAGGGACUCGUUGUCUUCACCGGCUGCGGUCAUGCUGGGAUCGUGAAUACUUGCCGGGAUGCGAUUAAACUCGGCAGUGGCAGCCCUUUGUACUGCGUUGUGGGUGGGUAUCACCUGGCGGAUGCCGACGAGGCCAAACUGAACGCUACAAUGGCGGAUCUGAAAAAGCUGGAGCCCAAGGUACUGCUUGCAGGCCAUUGCACGGGCUGGCGGUUCAAAUGUCUUAUUGCGAGGGAUUUGCCUGGUUGUCUGGUUCCGUGCUUUUCGGGGAGCAAGUAUACUUUGUAGAAUAUCAAAAAUGAUAGUCCAGUUUGCAUCCCUAUCCG